AUUUCUUUUAAAUUCUUUGUUUGUAUUACUAUAAUGAAAGUAUACCAAGCUGCUUUAGCUACAGAUCAUAUCCUUUUUCAACUUACUGAUCCUGAUACAAUGACUAUCAUUAACUUACAAUUACCUUUGGAAGUAAAUAUCGAAUGGACUUUUCAAGUUAAUCCUCCUACCAGAAGAAAUAUUCUACAUCGACUAUGGAAUCGUAUGGAGUUGAUUUAUCACGGUAUCACUUGGCCGAUUGAAAAAAGACGACAAUACCAACAACAACAACAAGACAACCAACCAAAACAAAGUCAAGAAGAAAAAAAUCCAAAGAAAGAAAGGAACUUGGAACGUUUAGUUAUUUCAAGACCACUUGCCGAUCGAACCAAUAGCAACCAUGAUAUCAAGUCUGAUAGUCUAUUCAAAAUCACCAACUUGCGCCAAAAUGAUUUAUUAGUGCAUUCUAUGGAACAAAAUACUAAUGGAAUGAAACGUACUUUUCAACUUGUUCAAGCUAACGAUUCUCUCAUUACAUCCAACCAGUCCAAAGUAUACGACACUUCAUUAUUGCAUCCUCGAAAACGCCUUUGUACUAUUAUCACCAAUGAUUAUGUCAAAGAUAACAACAUUAGUGAUUAUCACAGAACUGACAACAUUAACAAGAUGAAUCAUCUUCCUUCAAUGGGUGUGAUGAUCUAUGAAUUGAAGACAGACAACUUAAAGCGAACUGAAAUGAUAACAACUGAUCGUGAUGUGAUACAGGAUGAAAUCAAUCAUGGAAAACGAAAACGGGUAAAUCAAGAUGAUCAUCAAGAAAGCACACAACAACAGGUAAAACUUGAUAUCAUCAAACGAGCACGUACAGCAUACAAAGAAACGCGACGACAUUAUUCCAUGAAAAACAAAGUUAGUGAAGCGACUGGUGAUCAUCAUCAUCAUCAAUUAGUAUUCAACAUUCCCAUUCUCUGCUCUAUUGUAAUAUUUUCUUUCUUCUUUAUUCUGUUCAUUAGUUACUUUCAACCCUUCAAUUAGUUUAGUAUUUUUAUAUAUCAUUAAUUAUUAUUAUUAUCAAUCAAUUUAUUAUUAUAAUCCCUAUUGUUUAUAUCAUCAUUCCUUAAAAAGAUUUGUAUAUAUUGUAUUAUAAUCCCC